UGAACGUGUCGUGCAUGUCGCCUAUUUUUUUCCGUUGCUCAUAGAGUAGUGUAUUGUACGCGUUGUUGUUAUGUUACGCACGGCCGUUUUAAUCGUGUGCGUACGGUGACGAGAAUCCAGUGGGAUUUUUUGUGGAGUUGGUCGCCAAAUAUACGACGUUGGUUCCUGAUUUUUUUUUCUUUUUGUGCUGUAUUCGGGCCAUCAUCUUUUAGUGUUGAAGACCUUCUGCUGUACAUUGCCUGGACCAUGUGGCUUGGUCGAAGAAUCCGUGGAUGACUUGGCUUGGACGUUUUUCUAGUUUUCAUUUUCCCGAACUUAACUUGCUAUAGAGGGUGGUGGCCCUCUUUUAUAUGAUGAGCAGUCAAAGAUGAUUCUUGACUAGGCCAAUGAUGGAUGGACAGGUAUUAUAGCUGGCUUGCACCAGAGACCAGACACCACCAAUGAAAAAAUCACAAGAAGAAUCUCGGCACUCUGGGAUCGAAUCCAAAACACAGUGCACCGAAACAUAAGUUUCUACCCACUAGGCCAAGUUGACCCCAAAAGUUGAAAUAAAAUAUGAAAAUUAAAAAAGAAAAAUUAUAUUAAAAGGUUGAACCCCAUCCUUGCCCUUUUUAGUUUUUUGUUUAUGUAGAAUAAGACGAAAUAAGAUGAACAAUUCAGGAUUUAUUAAAAUCAAUCAGUUAUAGAGCACAUCAUCCUAACUAGCAUAAAAUCGUCUAACGAUACACUUGGUUACUCGACUAUAUGUUCACAAUAUUAAAUAUUAACCCAACCUACAAAAUAUGUAGGUUUUGCUCAUUCCUUUUAAAAUUCGCCUCUAUAAGUUAAUUGCUCUUCCGAGCAAUCCUUAAAAACGGUCCUGUAUACAGAAUGGAUUUGACAGUGUUUUAAGGAAACUUGUAACGUAGCACACAUUACCAGUACUCUCGGAUGUCAAUCUAAAAAAACAAAUUCAACCUCUUAAACGUUCUAAUGAUCAUCAUAAAUCAUAGAUGCAACUAAAGGGGCUAGGCCACCCCUCCCCAAAUCAAAGUAGACAUGUUAACGGUUACAUAAAAAAAAUGUUUAAUAUGUUACUUAAAUAAAUUUACACAGUGAUAGAUUUAUCAUUGACCACUAAGUUUCUCCUAAAAUAAUAAUAAUCUUAAAAAAAUUUUUUUUUGGCGUUGGUAAUUAAUAUAAUAUUAAUUUCUAAGUGGUUAAAAAUGUUUUAGAUCCGCCCUUUAUUCUUUGAAAUAUUACUAAAUUUCAUUUUUUAAUUAGCUUAUAAAAUAGACAAUUAUUUAAUUAAGUAAAUGAUCGAUAACAAUUUUUGGACCAGUACUUCGUAACUUAUUAACAUAUUUAUACAUAGGCGAGUAGAAGUAUGUCAAAGUGUAUAUUGAUAAAAUUCCAUUUUUAUUAAACUAUACUAUUAUACUAUUUAUAUUAUUUUGAAUUUGAUGGACAGAUAUUUAAGAAUAUUAAUAUUGAAGUCAAACGAACUAAGAAAUAAGAGCUACAAAUUCAAAUAAUCAGAGAAACAAAAUUAAAGUGUCAAUAAUGUGUACUACAAAGAAUAUAUUGCAUGAGAGAACGUGACUUGGCGGCCAAAUGAUAUUUGAGAAAAUGAAUACUGAAGUCAAUCGAGUUAAGAAGUAAAAGCGACAAAUUCAAAUAAUCGGUCGAACAAAGUAUCAUAUAGGUAUAGUACAAUGUAUAUAUUGCAUGCGAGAACGGGACUUGGCGGCCAAAUGUUGAACUUCAAAAGAAUGUCAUCAUAUUUUUAUGCAGAUUAUGAAUAUGUACUUUCUGUAUCAGCAGCAGUAUCUACAUAUAUUCAAUUUUUGUCUGGAUUUUUGAUUUGUUUAAAUUUUAUGAAAAAAGGAAAAGUUAUUAAUGAAUCAGUAUUUCCAUUUAUCACUGGAUUUCUUUCAUGUUCAUUGUGGUUAUACUAUGGGGUUUUAAAAACAAAUGGUACAAUUAUUUUUGUCAAUACAUUUGGUUGUUUACUAUUUUUGAUGUAUACCAGUAUUUAUUUCAAAUAUUCACCUAAAAAGAAUUAUGUCGUUAACUUGAUGCUGUUGGCUGUGAUAAUAAUUUUAUUAGUGUACACAGAUGUACAAACAGAACAAGUUUCGGAGAAUGCUCUACAUCGUGUUGGUUUGGCAUGUUGCAUCAUGACAAUGCUAUUUUUUGCAGCUCCUUUAUCAAAUUUAGUUCAUGUAAUAAGAGUACGGAAUAGUGAAUCCUUGCCUUUGCCAUUAAUCAUCAUGACAUUUCUAGUUUCUACUCAAUGGCUAGUAUAUGGAAAAAUGUUACGCGAUAAGUUUAUAAUGUAUCCAAAUGCUGUUGGAUGUGCACUUUCAGCUAUACAAUUGAUAUUGUUCAUUGUAUAUCCUAGAAAACCAUCUGACUUAAAUUGUAAAUUAAUGGAUGCUUAAGCUAUUCAUUUUUUAUAUCUGAAGACGAAAACAUUAAUUUGUUUCUGUUAUCAUUAUCCCACCUAAAGUAUAUAUUUUUUUAUAUACCAAUUGAUUGUGAUAUUAAUCAAUAAUCUUUUAUAAAUUACAAUAUGCUAGCAUAUUAUUAUUAAUAAAAGUUAUUCAACAUAUUAUAAGUUUAAGUUCAAAAACAAAUUAUAAUAAGGAUAGUAGAUUUUAAUCAUCACAUGUUAUAGAAAAAUUGUAUUGUGAUAAAAUUGAAAGAAUUAUAAUCCUUAAGUAUAUUUAUUGUUAUAAUUAAAUUUAAUCAUUAUUAAAAGAACUAAUUUUUGUCUUGCGUUUCGUUUUAAAUCUAGUACACAAAUAGACAUUUUAUUUUUGUUGAAAUAUCAUUGAAACAAAGUUGUUAUUAGAGUAAUCUUGCUUAAACUAAUGAAGUGAGAAUAAAUCAUGCUAUCGUUUUGAAAAACGUAGCCUUUUUUAUUGUUUUUAAUAUUAUUAUAUAGUAAUUAUAUUUUGUAAUUUUUUUUACAGUGUAAUAUAAUAGUUACCAAGGUUUACUAUUUUUAUUGUUAAAAUUGAUUUGUUAUAAAAUAAUUAUUUGAUUAAGUAAUUCACCAAAAACUAAUUUUUAAUUAAGUAGUGAAUUAAGAUUAAUGUGACUAAAAACAUAUUUUAGUUAAAUAAUGUACUUAUUUAUGUAUUAUAUCAUUUAUGACCAUGGUACCUGGAAUUCUGUAGCUUUACUUUCCUUAAAUAGGUCUCUAACUUGAAGUUAACCAGUAUUAUUUCUGAUCUAAAAUGGUAUUUACAUUUUUAUACAUGAUCUCUCAAAUUACAUUCCUUAAUUUGGAAAAAUGUAUUUUCUUAAUGUAUUCUAAGAGUAAUAAAAAGUCAUAUUUUUAUAUUAGACAUUCUUUCAUUGAAUCAAUUAAAUAUGUUAAUUUUUAUUUCUA